AUGCUCGCCGAAGAACGCAACAAGAUGGCAGACCGCAAUCACCAGCGGAUCCUGAAACUUUUGGAUGAUGUAGAGGCCGAUCUCCCCAUACAACUACCGGUUGCAACGCGCGACCUGGUAGGCGAGUGGGUGAGGCAGUACAAGAAUGGCGCAAGCGAAGAGGAGACCGAGAGCUUGCUCAUCUGGGAGCGAAACAUCACCGCCGACCUCGCCGCGAUAGACACGUCGGACGCGAACGUUGCGCACGCCGUCGAGGUCCAUAUGGCGAUUGCGGCCAAGGUACACUCCAUCGCGGACGAGUACAUCCAGAGCGUCCUGGACAAGAAGUGGCGCGAGGAGUUGAUCACGUACCGCCUCUCAUUGGCGCCGGUCGUGGCCCAGCUCCGAACUUUUAUCGCCAUCAGGGCGCCUGCGCUGGGUAAGCGCUGUGGGCAGCAGUUCGAGGCGAUAUGGGUCGUGGGCAACGCGGGGAGCGUCAAACAGCCUGAGACGAUGGCUGCUCAGGUAGGAGACCUCACGAUCCACCACAUGCUCGGCUCGCGCUCGGAGCGCAUCGUCUGGCUCGUUGAGGAGCUAGGCAUUCCAUACAAGGUCGUGAUCCACAUUCCCGACACCAGCAAGGGCCGUGUGACGAGUACGCUCACCGACCACAUCAAGGACGGCAAGGCUCCCUCGGCGUUCCUGAACGGCGAACUCCUCAAGGAGUCGGGAUACAUCGUCGAGCGCCUAGUCCAGUCCUUCCCGUCCGACAAUGUCGAGAGCACUCCCUCCCUCGACUCGACCUACUGGGCUCACUUCGCCGAGGGCCGCGUCAUGCCUGCCUGUGGCUCGGCCAUGCUCAACUCGGUAGCCCUGCCGGCGGUUACGAAGAACAUGAGCGCCGAGGAGAAGAAGGGCGCGCAGGCUUACCAGGCCCAUCUUGCCAAGCUGUUCCGCGGGUCGGGGAACCAGGCGCUGGCCGAGGCCGACGCAUUCCUCCAGACCCACACUUGGUUCUCGGGCGGCGACAAGCCAGGUAUUGGUGACUUCAUGAUGCUUUUCCCGCUCACGUGGUUCGCCAAGCCUGUUAACCCGCUCGGGGCAACGCUUGCUCCUGCUACACUGGCAUGGCUCGAGCGCAUCAAGGCGCGUCCGGGCUACCAGAGGAUGAUCAAGCGCGUCUCAGACGAGCGCAAGGCGCAGAUCCCCAAGCCUAAGAUGUAA